AUGGAUGGAAUGAGAAGCACGGAUACUUCUGUUGAACCUGAGGUCGACGUGCGGCCUGGAUUGUCACCAUCAAGGUUUGUGAAGGUUUUCAUUCAGGGGCGAGUUAUUGGGAGGAAGAUAAACCUGGCCACACACCAGAAUUAUGCCUCGCUGUCCUUCACACUGAAAAGACUAGGCAAUGACUAUUCCAGGAAAACAAAGAUUAGACCUCCUAAGUUGACAGGAACUGUGUGCAUAGUUGAUGUGCCACCAUGUGAACUUAAUGGGUCAGUAAACAAUGAAGAUGGUGGUGCAUCAGAUGAUAACAACUUCAUUCUUUUCUAUGAUAAUGUGGAUGGUGAUCGUUUCUUCCUUGGUGAAGUUCCAUGGGAGGCUUUCGUCAUUUCUGUGAAGAGGAUCUACAUUGUUCCUGUGGAACAGGAACAAGAGAAUGUUGCGGACAACGAGGAGGAGGAAGAAGAUAAAGAAAAUGGUGAUGACAAUGCUGCUACUUCUGCUCCUCCCCCAGAAGGAGAUGAUAUCCCUGCAAACGAUGAAGUUGUUGCUUAUGACGGAGAUGCUAUGGCCUGUGCUCCUGCUGAUGGAGCUUCUGAGGAGUAG